AUGGAGCUGAAGAAAGUGGUGGACGAUGCAGGGCACACUCUGACGGUGCUAGAGUACAAGGGUCGCUGGUUGCCAGAUUUUCCCAGGGAGGCCAUCGCUGGCAUGGACACAUUUGAAGCCAGACACGAUGACGUCAUUGUCUGUGCUUACCCGAAGUCUGGGACUCACUGGGUUUGGGAAAUGGUUCGGUUCCUGCUGGCUGGAACCACAGACUUACCUGUCAUAGAGAAGGACGAGGCCAUGAUGGAGUUCAAACUACCACAGGAGUUGGAGAACCUCCCAUCGCCACGGCCCCUGAACACGCAUUACCACUUUGAACUGCUUCCCGAGGACAUCUUGAGGAAACAGUGCAAGGUGAUCUACGUGACCCGGGAUCCGCGAGAUGUGGCGGUCAGCUACUUCAAUCACCACACCAAGUUGGUCCAGUACUACCAAUAUAAUGGUCAGUGGCCGGACUACUUCCGUUUGUUCUUAAGUGGACAAGUGGACUACGAGUCUUGGUUUACGUACACCAAAGGAUGGGAGCGAGGGAUACAGGAACACCCGGAGCUGCCAGUUCAUAUCACUUCGUAUGAGGAACUGCAAGCGGAUACAUUCGGUGGCUUGAAAAAACUGGCUAACUUUCUCGGGGUUGAAGUGGAUGAGACUUUCCUGAUCCAGGUGGUGAAGAAGUGUAGCUUUGAGGUCAUGGGGGCCACAAAAGGUGCACAAGAGGUGUUUGAUGAGAGCAGUAGUCCUAUCAUGUACAGAAAGGGUAAAGUCGGCGACUGGAAGAAUUGGUUCACAGUGGCCCAGUCUGAGCAGUUCGACGAUGUCUUUGAGAGGGAGAUGGUCGGAUCCUGGGCAUACAACCUCUACUCACACACCAAGCAAGGCAGCAGUCUCACAUGA